AAUGCGGAAUGCCGGAUGGAAUUUGCGUUCAACGCUGAAAACAUCGUGCCAGCCUUUGAUAUACCUCCUGGCUCGUUCAUACCUCGCUCUAUCGCUGAGGCGGCAGCAGCGGCGGCGGUGUUCAAGCCUGUAUCCAUAAAUCUUUCGCCGAGCGUGUCCGAGUCCGAGGUUGCCCUCUCAGAGCGCACCCUGCGCUCGGCGCAGCCCCCACCCGGGCUCGAGGGAAACGACGAGUUUGAGGUCUUGGCUGACGAGGCAGCCUCCGCGCUCCAAACCCUCAAAACGACGACGAGGCCGAGCCCGAUCGCUUCCGUUCGUACCAGCAAUCUCAGGCACAGCGCUUCCCCGAUCAACCGUAUCGCGCAGUCGGCGGACCCUUUUGACCGUGACGCGUUUGACGCUCACCUCGCCACCGUUGACAGGGGCCUUGCCACUUUCCCUGGAGUUUACGUCCACGCCGGUGAUACGAUUCUCGCGAGCUUGCGCGCCGCGGCGAAGGCUGGUGGCGGUGCGAGGGUUCGCGCGAGAGGAGGCACGUCGCUUGUUCUCGGGAGCACGGAGUACGUCCUCAUGGGCCUUGCCGGGUCAGGAGCAAAUGCCAAGGUUUAUGAGGCUGAAUACGCAGAAGUUGCCAGCGUCUCGGACGAGGAUGACGAGGGUUUCGGUGGCCUGGCCAUCAAGGUGCAGAGUGCUAGGCUGGCUCGAUGGGAGUGGAUGGUAUGCAAACGGCUCGCCGGGCGCAUCGAUCCCCUGCACGCCGCGGGCGUUGUUCAGCCCUCUGCUCUCCACCUCGUCGGCGGCACUGACGUUGUCAAGGGCUCGGACGCGGAGAUUGGCGUCCUGAUCAUGCCAUUUGGCGACCACGGAACCCUGCAGGACGUGCUCAACUCCUAUCUCCGCGUAGGUAAACAGAUGGACGAGCUCAUCGUGAUGUACUACGCCAUCGAGCUGCUCAGGGUUGUGGAGUCGCUGCACCUGGCUGGGGUGGUCCACGCAGACAUCAAACCAGACAACCUGCUUGUGCGAAACGGUGGAGACAACUGGUGUGACUGGGCCGUGAACAGGCCCGGGAGCUGGAAGCUCAAGGGCCUUUCACUCAUCGACUUCGGACUCGCCAUCGACCUCGGCAUGUACGACUGGCAGACGGUGUUUGUCGGCGAUUGCGGCACCGAGGGCUUCAGGUGCUCGGAGAUGAUUGAGGGAAAGCCAUGGACGUGGCAGGCGGACAUGCACCAGAUCGCAGCCACCGUCCACGCCCUUUUGUUCGGCAAGUACAUGCAGGUUCACAAGGUGCUCACCGAUUUUGAUGGAUUCAAGUACCGCCCGAGGGAGUCGCUGAAGCGCUGGUGGAGGACCGAACUGUGGGAGAUCUUCUUCGAGGUGCUGCUCAACUUUCCCACACUGGACUUCAAGUCGCCGCCGCCGCUGGGUGAUCUGCGCCGGAUGUUCGAAGAGCACAUCAUGGAGGAGCGCCUUGGGGCGCAGCUCCGCGUCGGGCUCAUGAAGCAGACUGUCUCUAUGUUCCAGCAACUGCGCGAGGGAAAGACGUGAUUUUUUGGUUGCACCAAGUGCUCACAUACGAUGAAAUGAAAAUGAAUACGUUAC